AUGUGGCAGCUUUUAACAGCAACAUGCUGGAUGCUUCUUCUUGGACCUAUAUAUGGUAGUCAAAAUGAAGGAAGCUCAACAAAUCCAGAAGCUAAUAUGAAUAUUAGCCAGAUUAUUUCCUACUGGGGUUAUCCUUAUGAAAAAUAUGACAUUGUGACAAAAGAUGGUUAUAUUCUCGGAAUUUACAGGAUUCCUCAUGGAAGAGCAUGUCCAAGAACAGCUGCAAAGCCUGCUGUGUAUCUGCAGCAUGGCUUAAUUGCAUCUGCCAGUAACUGGAUUUGCAACCUGCCCAACAACAGCUUGGCUUUCCUUCUGGCAGAUGUUGGUUAUGAUGUAUGGAUGGGGAACAGCCGGGGAAACAUCUGGUCCAGAAGACAUGUGAAAUUAUCAACCACAUCACCAGAAUACUGGGCCUUCAGUUUGGAUGAGAUGGCUAAAUAUGACCUUCCAGCCACAAUCAAUUUUAUCAUAGAGAAAACUGGACAGGAGCGACUCUACUAUGUGGGCCACUCCCAAGGCACCACCACUGCUUUCAUAGCAUUCUCUACUAAUCCAGAGCUGGCUAAAAGGAUUAAGAUAUUUUUUGCAUUGGCUCCAGUCACCACUGUGAAAUACACCCAAAGUCCUAUGAAAAAAUUAACAACUCUUUCCAGAAAAAUAAUCAAGAUGUUGUUUGGUGACAAGAUGUUCUAUCCUCACAUAUUUUUUGACCGAUUCAUUGCCACCAAGGUGUGCAACCGGAAGAUAUUUCAUCAUAUUUGCAGCAACUUUCUAUUUAUUUGGAGUGGAUUUGACCCAAAAAACUUAAACAUGAGUCGCUUAGACGUUUAUUUGUCACAAAGCCAUGCGGGAACAUCUGUUCAGAAUAUGCUGCACUGGGCCCAGGCUGUUAAUUCUGGUCAGUUCCAAGCUUUUGAUUGGGGAAACCCUGAUCAGAACAUGAGGCACUUCCACCAGCAUAUACCUCCCUUAUACAACGUUUCUAAGAUGGAAGUUCCAACAGCAGUGUGGAGUGGUGGACAGGACCCUGUGGCUGAUCUCAAAGAUGUUGAGAAUUUACUUCCUAAAAUUACCAGGCUUAUCUAUUUCAAGUUGAUUCCACACUACAAUCAUGUGGAUUUUUACCUUGGACAGGAUGCACCCUAUGAAGUUUACCAAGACCUAAUUAGAUUGAUGGAGGGAUGUUUGCAAAAUUAA